AUGUGCAGCAGGGCAGCCAUCACCUCGUCCGCGGACGAUCAGCUGCAACAGACCUCGGAAUCCGGCGCCGCUGCCGCAGCCGCAGACUCGUCGCAGCAGGCAAACCUCAACCGGUACCGGUUGCAUCUUUACAAUUACGCGCUACAGGCAGAACGGCUGCGGCUGUCGGGUGGAUGGGGCGCCGUGUGCCCGGUUUAUCCGGCAGCGGCCGCGGCCAUCUACCAGCCACGGUUUCCCGUGGCGCUUUUCCACCCCAACGGCGGCGGCGGCGGCGUGGCCGGCGGACUCCAGACAGCCGACGAGCCCAAGCCGCAGCACAGCUAUAUCGGACUGAUCGCCAUGGCCAUACUCGGGUCGGCCGAGGGCAAGCUUGUGCUGUCCGACAUCUACCAGUAUAUACUGGACAACUACCCCUACUUCCGGACCCGGGGCCCAGGCUGGCGCAACUCAAUCCGACACAACCUGUCACUCAAUGACUGUUUUGUCAAGGCCGGCCGGUCGGCCAAUGGCAAGGGCCACUACUGGGCCAUACACCCGGCCAACGUGGACGACUUCAAGAAGGGCGAUUUCAGGCGCCGGAAGGCCCAACGCAAGGUUCGUCGGCACAUGGGCCUGGCUGUGGACGACGACGGCAACGACUCGCCAAGUCCACCGCCACCUCCACCGCCACCACCGCCGCCGCAGACUCUGCAGCAGCAGCACCACCAUCACCUGCACCAUCACGUGCAGCAGCAUCACCACCAGCAGUCACAACAUCUGCACCACCAGCAGCAGCAGAGGUCGCCACCGGCCUUGUGGCAGUCGUCCACGGCCGGUCACCCGCAUCACCCGUUCUACUUCCAACCGGUCGUCCAGCAACCCACGGCUAUUCUGCAGCAGCAACAGUCCGCGGCGCUCUUGGUGCCUGCCAGGGCACAGAAGCGGCAGUUCGACGUCGCGUCGCUGCUGGCGCCCGACCCGCCGAAGCGCAUGUUGCAGCAGUUUCACCGGAACGAUCCGAUGAUGGCGCUGACCGCGACCACCGGUGCCGGAAGUAGCGACGACGACGACGAGACGAUGACAUGCGGCGGCCGGAAUAGCGUCAGCGGCGUCUGGGAACCGGCGGGCCUGCUGCAGCGGUACUACGAGCAGCAGCUGCAGGCUGCGCAUCGGUUGCACGCGUUCCGCCAGUCAUUGGGCCUGCAGAGAAUGAUCGGAGGUGGCCCGUGGCCCACCGUCAUCGUUCAGGACCGCAACCAGACGCCCACGCCACCCUCGCUGCAGCCGUACGCCGAGGCCACCACCCCGACGCCCGACGACGCCGUCUGCAAAACCGAACUAGUCGACUGA